GAGCUCCUGAGAGCGACCCAUUCUUUCACCAAUGUUUGUAGGAGCCGUCUGCAUGCCUAGGGGAUGGAUUGUAUACACCUGUGUCCAUGGAGGGGAUUGGAACACCUGAAUCACAUGAUUUGGAGGGGAUUGGAACACCCAAAUCACAUGAUUUGGAGGGGAUUGGAACACCUGAAUCACAUGAUAUGGAGGGGAUUGGAACACCUGAAUCACAUGAUUUGGAGGGGGUGGGAACAGGGGCGGACUGACAAUGGGCUUGAUUGUGUACACCUGUGUCCAUGGAGGGGAUUGGAACACCUGAAUCACAUGAUAUGGAGGGGAUUGGAACACCUGAAUUCCAUGAUAUGGAGGGGAUUGGAACACCUGAAUCCAAGGAUUUGGAGGGCGGGCCCAAUACUCAUCGCCUGAU